AUGGAUAAUUCAUGGCGUUCUCGAUCUACAAUUCAAGGUAAUAUCUGCCCCAGCUGCUUUAAAUCUCACUUCCCCUUUUGCCCUCCACUACCCAUAUCACCAUUUACUCAAAACCCUAGGUUCCAAUCACACACAGAUCACUUUUUCCCGAGCCCACCACCUUAUGAUCCGAUGCUAGACCACCGUGGACGGACACCCCCUCCGAAUAACAUCCACCGUCCGCCUGUUUAUGGGUUCGGCGAUCCGCCAUUACCACCGCCACCGCGGCCGUGGCAUAGUGACCCUAGUUUCGAUAGAGACCCAUAUGGGCGUACGAAUUCUCCUGGUUAUGAUUAUGGUGGUAGUGUUGGAUCUAAGAGGAUGAGGAUUGAUGAAAGUAAUGUGAAUCCUUUGAGAGUUCUGGCUGAUGAUGAGCGUAGAUUGAAGUUAAUUCGUGAUCACGGUGGCAUAGCACCGCCAAGCAGUGAAAUUUAUGGUUUUGGUACCAUUGGUGGUGGGGAAUUGGGACAAUUUGAGGGAUUGGCCUUUAAGCGGUCGAAUGAUUAUGAGGUGAACUACUUUCGAGAUCGAGGGUUGGGUACUUUUGACAGAAACCGAUCGUCUUUCCUACCAGGGCCUGGUUCCAAUCCACACUAUGAUAAAGAGGAAGAAGGGUUAGCCUUUGAUCAACCAUUUUUGAAGAGUAAUAGGAAUGAAGAUUUUGCGGGAUCACGGUAUAGUCAAGUGGAAAAACAUGUGCAUCAAUUGUUGCACUGCAAUGGACAUGGUGAUCACCCUAUUGGACAUUUCACAAACGUUGAGCUGGCUCGGCAAAGUUACCAUGAAGGGAUUCGGUACGAUUUGAAUCCAGGAGAUGAUUAUUUGUCUGUUGCACAGAAGGCUGACAUGAUUCAGGCAUCACAUAUGUCUCUAAGGGAGCCCCAAUAUCCUUAUCCAACAGAGAGGCAAGGGACGUUGGGGUCGAGUUCUCCACACUAUAAAAUGAACUACAAUCUUGAUAAUCAGUUGCCACAGCCAUCUAAAAUUCAACAUCCUAUGGAGCCAAGACAUGAUUUCCAACCUCCGGACCAGCUCAGUAAUAUGAGGCAGUCAGUCGGAGUCAAGGUUCCAUCGCUGGAUGGUAUUGAACGCCCAGUUGGAUAUCAAAAUUUUCCGGUAGUGUCCCAAUAUGGUCCGCUGAAUCCAAACAAUCAAGGUGGUCAUUUGCCCAACCUUCGUAGCACAAGUUUAUAUGAUGUACAGCCUCCUCUUCCUGCUUCUCCACCACCUCCGCUUCCCGUGGAACCCCCAAUUCACACAUUGUCCCAGCCACUUGCGUCAACUUCACCAUCGAAAACACCCUCUUCAUUAUUUCCUAUCCCCGGUCUUUCUUCAGCCACUAUACCAUCAUCAUAUCCUUCUGUUCCAGAGGCCCAAUUGUCAUCACAGACUCACUAUCCUAGUAAACAGCAUCUGAAUGCUUCCACCGGCGUUGCUUCUGAGGAAUUUCAAGCCAUCCAUCAAGCAUCCAACAAUAGAUAUUCAGGCGAAAGGCAACCUUUUCCAGCGAGGCAUCUACCUGUUCAUAAGCCAAAAUUUGUUGAUGCUUCUCACAUAUUUAAGCACCCUCAUCGAGCAAACCGUCCUGAUCAUAUUGUGAUAAUCCUUCGAGGACUUCCAGGUAGUGGAAAGAGCUACUUGGCGAAGAUGUUGCGGGACCUUGAGGUUGAAAAUGGUGGUGAAGCCCCACGGAUUCACUCUAUGGAUGAUUACUUCAUGACUGAAGUUGAAAAGGGUGAGGAAAGUGAGUCUUCUGGUUCUAUCAGGGGGAAGAAACCAGUUAUUAAGAAGAAAGUUAUGGAGUACUGUUAUGAACCUGAGAUGGAGGAGGGUCUGGCUAAGCUCAAGGAAAUCAGUCAACAACUAGAACCUUUGGCCCAUCGCUGCAUGAGACACCGACCCAUAGCACUGACCCUUCCUCCUGGUCUACUCCCUUCAUCGAAAUAUCUCCAGCUUCGAUCUCCUUCUGCAAUCUUCUGCAAUUGUUCUAAGCUUCGAUCUUCUUCAUCGACUGGUUCUGCGAAGGAUUCUGGUUCUGCAAAGGAUUUUGGUUCUGCAACAGAAACCCUCGGCCCUUACUUGCAAUGUCCUCUUGUUCUGCGAAUUUCAGCUUCCUCUGGUAGUGGAAAGAGCUACUUGGCGAAGAUGUUGCGGGACCUUGAGGUUGAAAAUGGUGGUGAAGCCCCACGGAUUCACUCUAUGGAUGAUUACUUCAUGACUGAAGUUGAAAAGGGUGAGGAAAGUGAGUCUUCUGGUUCUAUCAGGGGGAAGAAACCAGUUAUUAAGAAGAAAGUUAUGGAGUACUGUUAUGAACCUGAGAUGGAGGAGGGUCUGGCUAAGCUCAAGGAAAUCAGUCAACAACUAGAACCUUUGGCCCAUCGCUGCAUGAGACACCGACCCAUAGCACUGACCCUUCCUCCUGGUCUACUCCCUUCAUCGAAAUAUCUCCAGCUUCGAUCUCCUUCUGCAAUCUUCUGCAAUUGUUCUAAGCUUCGAUCUUCUUCAUCGACUGGUUCUGCGAAGGAUUCUGGUUCUGCAAAGGAUUUUGGUUCUGCAACAGAAACCCUCGGCCCUUACUUGCAAUGUCCUCUUGUUCUGCGAAUUUCAGCUUCCUCUGGUUCUGUGAACGAAUUCAUAGAUUUAUAA